AUGGACCGUGCGCGCUUCGGGGGUCAGGGCGGCCAGGCCUGUCAGUGCGCGUCACAGGCAGGUGUUGGUCUGGCUAGGUCCAGAUUGACAGUCGACUCUCCCUCAUCUUUGCCACCACCACCACCACCGCCGCGCGCCGCGCUCACCAUGUCUCCAACAAUACCAUCGUCAUCGCUUCCCGGCGACGAGCAGCCCGACCACCGCUCUUCGCCCGUUCCCUUAUCCUCCCCCGCCGCUCACCCGCUCGACAUCGACCCACAGCAAGAGGGCGGCAAUCUCCUUCGAGCAGCCUCCCCAAACAACCUGGCAGUGCCCACGUCCCCGGGCCUCGCACACAGGGACGCAUCCCAACGUGACAGGGCCACCUCCCACGACGGCGCAUCCUUCUAUCCGCCACGCAGCACAUCACCUGCAUCGUCAGCACCCCAUGCUGACCCUAUCCCGAGCACCAAUCGCGACUGGAGCAGGGCCACCAUCGGCUUCAGCAUCGACAGGCGCGGCGAUGCUCCAGCCAUUACCGACGCCGCUUCCUCUUCCAAACCGAACGAACAGCCCGGCGCCCCAUCGCAGCAUCUGCCGUCGAGCAAGACCUACCACAGCCUCAGCUACGCCCCGCGACAGCGCCAGUCCAUCCUCCGCACCAACCAUCCGGUCUUUCAGUCGUACAGCUCUCAGUUCAAUCAGGCGCAGGUUGCAUCACCAGCAGCCUCGUCCACUACCCUUUCUCAUAUCCAGCCAUCGCGCGCCGCCCCCUCCCUCGGCUCGAGCACCUCGCCGUCGUUCCCUUCCUUCAUCGGCAGGCAGGCGCCAACGCAGUCCGAGUCAAAGGUUUCGACUGCGAGACCGCAACCCUCUGCGGGAUCCGCUGCGUCCAUGUCAGCCGCCUCGGCCGCCGAGCUGUCGCUCGCAAAGAUGCAGCUGGCCGAGAUGAAGGAGGCCGCGCGGCAGCUCGGUCUUGGCGAGGCCAGCGCCGGCUGGAUGAUCAUCGAGGCGCUUCAGGCCGCCAGCGAGGGCGAGUGGGCCACCAUUGCAUCGCUCGUGGCCAGCGGCGAGGCGACCAUGCUGCUGCCAAAGGAACCGCCCUCGGUCUUUUCGUCCGGGUCCCGCCUCAGCCUCUCGUUUGCCCAUGACCACCUCAUCUUCGACCAGGCCUCAUCCUCGCCUUCUCCAUCACCAUCCUCACUGGCAUCAGCUGGUCCCGAAGAAGAUGCAGCUCCUUCCUUCGUCACACUUUCCGGCUUGCGGGGCCAGCUCCAGCCUGCGGCAACGCCAGAACUGGGUCAAGGUCAGGACCCGGAUGCCGCCCUGGCCAGUGGCAUCGGCGAGAGACGGCCCGCACGAGCAGUUCUGAAGAGCUUCGUUCCUAGGGCUGGUGCUGUUGUGCAGGACCUCCAGGACAGCCAAAGAAGACACGAAAUGCUCGACAGCCUGGCGCCUCUCCCCGUCUCGAUCGAUGCCACCUUAGACGCCUUGGCAACACUCGCCUUUCCAACAUUUGAGCUCAGCGCCUACCGAGCCGAUUUUCCACUGCCGCCCCCGCUGCAAUCGCGCCGCUCGCACGCGAGAAAGCGGACCCAAUCGAGCUCGCGCCUCAACGCCGCAGGUUCUCGAGCCUCGGCGUCGUUCGCCAGCCUGUUUGGGGGCAGUGGCCGCGAAAAGAAGCGAGGCCAGGAAGAAGCCACAGGCUCCGAGCUGCUCGAUGCUGCCCAGCUCUCUGCGCCGGUACCAGCCGACUCCGGCGAUGGAGCAUCGUCGCCCGCGAGGCCUCCGUCGGGUGGCCGAUCGCAUUCUGAAGGCGUCCUCGGCGCAGCCUCGGAAAGCCAGCAAGCCAAGCCUGACGAGAUGCACACCGAAACAGCGAUGCCAGAUAGCGCUCCAAGGAGCUCGUCUGCAUCGGACGGUGGAUCCGUCGCUGCGACUAGGCCAAAGCGGACCAUCUCUGUGUGGGUCGUCGACCGAGUCAUCCGACGCUCGUCGGUGCUCCGCGCUGUCGGCAAGGUCAUGGCGGGUCGGAUUAGCGAGCGGCUGCGACGCGCUGGCCUGGAUGAGGGCAUCAUCGAGGUGGUAUCGAGCUUCUCGGCCAUGUUCGUGCCACCUGUCGUCCAGACCUCGGGCGCUCACCUGCCGGGGGCAGAGGGUGAACAGACGUCCGCUUGGUCUGCAUUGGCCGCCUCGGGAGCGAGCUCGUCGCUCCGAUCGCCCACUGGUAUCUCGCCAUCGACGCUGGCGAGCGCGCCUUACCUGGCCGGACCAGACGAGAUGUCGGAGAACUUCCAGGACUUCUACGCCAGCGUCCGCGGCCAGCUCGAGGGCGCCGAGCAGGAAAAGGUCGACAAGGCGAGAUCGGCAUCGCAGGGCGGCUCGAGCAGUGUCGCCGCAGCGGCCUCGGCCUCGGCCUCGUUGGAGGAGCAGCAGGCAUUGAUGGAUCGCGUCGAUGGCCUGCUCGAAGCCGUCGAGACGGCAGUGACCCAGGAGGUGUACGACCGCAUCUUCUGCCCGCCUACGUCCAGGGACGACUACCACGAUGACGCGCUGGCCUCUCGCAUUGCUGCGCUCAACGUCCUGGGGCUCUCAUUGACCCAUCUCGGCCUGCAGCUACCGGAGGGCGGGCAGAGAGCGGGCGAGGGCGAUGGUAUGGACCAGCAGAGCGCCGCUGGCAAACAGCUCGAUGCGAUCGUCGCGGCGUGUGGCGAGGAGCUGCAGAAGCUGCAGUCGCCGCUCUGCCGAUCGCCCCAGGCAAAGCUCGAGGUGCUCGUCUCGGCGCAUCGCAUCGUCGUAGAGGGCCUCUCGAGCGUUUCCGGCCUGCGACUAAAGGACGAGGAGGAGCAAGCGGCCGAUCUAGCCGGCAAGGCGACAACAUCUGCCACCGAGACCACAAGGAACGCGGACAACGGCGGCGAGGACGAUGUUGCUCUACAAAAGGCGUCUGGCAAGACGUCGAGCGCCGAUCUGAUCCUGCCGAUCCUCAUCUUUUCCAUCGUCUCGGCCAACCCGCCCAAGCUGGCCAGCAACCUCUUCUUUAUCCAGCGCUUCCGUGCAGAGAAUCUGGUGCGCGGCGAGACGGCCUACUGCCUCGUCAACGUCCAGGCCGCCGUGGCCUUCUUGGAGAACGUCGACGUCAAGGACCUCGGACUCGACGCAUCCCGAGUCAGCGCUUUCGAGCCCAUCCAGCGGAACGACGAUCCAUCCUCCGGCCGAACCGAUCGAUCGGUUCCUGCCGACAAGACCGCGCCGAAAGGCGCCCUAGCCACUGCCGCCGACUACACUAGAGGAUCUGCAAUGGGCGGCGGCGGCGACCGCGCCGCUCCAACUCCUGCUGCAGCUGCAGCUGCCGGCCAGCUGGCACCCCAAGCUGUGGCGCUCUCGAUCCCGCACCGGCUGCGCGGCCGCCUGACGCAGGAGAUCGGCGACCUCGCCGGCAUUUCAAACAAGGUCAUCACUGGGGUGAUGGGAUCGAGCAUCUCUGCGUUCGGUCGGGUCAUGGGCGCCGGCAUGGCCGUCACCAACGAGACCUGGGAGCGGAGCCGCGCCGAUGGACCCAAGACGCUCGACGAGAUCAGGGGCGCGCUGUCGGGCAACCGUUCCCAGCAGCCGAGCGGCAGCUCAUUUGAUCCGGCACCGGCUGCAGGCGACGAAGGCGACUCGCGAGGCGUCAAUGCCGUCGGGACCGGCGCCGCCGAUGAACGGCAGGACGACAGCGACGCAAGGAGCAUCCGAUCGGCGGGAUCGGGCAGGCCAAGACGAGGCACGGGUCCGAGUGCCGGGACCGAGGCGGCUCUGCUGUCGUCGAGCUUCGACGGUGCGCGGGAGAAGCCUUCGAUCGGAGACCGACUCGCCUCGCUGCCCAUGCUGGGUCGCUUCGGCACGGGCAGCGGCACGCCGACGAACCAGACGUUUGGCGGAGCCCUGCUCGCCUCGCCGGGAAGCAUUUCGCGCGAGCUGCCGGGUCCACCGCCGCCUCUCAAGCAGGCACCUCCGACGCCGUCAUCGGCGAGCCGCCCCGCUCAUCGCCGUACCGGCUCCUACCUCGCCUCGCUCGGUAGGUCCUCGUCGUCGCGCAACGAGAAGGCAGAAGUGGCCGUCGAGGAAAAGAUUCCAGCCUCGCUGCAGUCGCCCUAUGCGCGCCUCUCGCGGCCGCCGACGGCCGAACGACCCGUCCACGUCGUCCUGGCCUGCACUGGCAGCGUGGCGAGCGUCAAAGUGCCCUCGAUUGUCGAGGAGCUCAUGCAGUAUGCCAACGUCCGCGUCCAGGUGGUGCCGACGGCCUCGUCGCUCCACUUUUUUGACCGCAACGAGCUGCAGCGCAUCAACGACGCUGCGGAUGGCAGCGGCAGCCGCAACACCAAUUUCGGCGGAGGCAGCGAGGCCGGCGCGUCGAGGCAGGUCGCGCACAGGACGUACACGGUCCGAGACCUGGCAGCCGAGAACCUCGCUGCCGUGCGGAGCAGGAACCACGGCGGCGGAGGUGGCGCGGGUGGUGGUGCGGCAGUGCCGGCGGAUGCGGAUGCGGAUCUCUAUACGCCGCGCGUGCACCUCUGGACCGACGAAGACGAGUGGAGGGACUGGAAGAAGCUCGGGGAUCCCGUGCUGCACAUUGAGCUGCGGCGAUGGGCCGACAUUGUCCUCGUCGCGCCCUGCAGCGCCAAUACGCUGGCCAAGCUCAACGGUGGGAUCUGCGAUUCGCUUCUGACCUCGUUCCUCCGCGCCCUCUCCUCGACGACGCCCACGAUCGUCUUCCCGGCGAUGAACACGCUCAUGUACCUGCACCCGCUCACGUCGCGCCACCUUGGCUUUGUCAAGGAGGUGCUCGGGUACGAGGUGGUCGGUCCGAUCGAGAAGCGGCUCGCCUGCGGCGACGUCGGUGCCGGCGCCAUGUACGAGUGGCUCGACAUUGUCCAGAUUGUCGUCGAUCGCUUCGGACUCGUCGUCGCUACCGCCGGCGGCGCUGGCGUCCCGAGCGGCGGAGCAGAAGGCGCGGUCGGCGCGGGCGGUGUCAAGGGGUUGGAAAUGGUGGCUUCGCAGGUCGAAGCGGAUGCCGAUGCGAACCCCGACAUGGUCGGCAGUGCUGCGGCGCCCAAGUAG